AUGGCCCAGGCGGGGGACCCCGUCCGCUUCCACCCCGAGGAGGGCUGCGUGGCCUCGCCGCCGCCGUUCGCCCGGCUGGACCGGCGGCCGUGGCUGGCGGGGGGCAGCCCCGAGGCCGUGAGGCACAGCCCCCCGCGCUGCCUCACUCCCAACCUCAAUGCCGGCCGCCUUCAGCUGCUGCGCAAGGGCCUGGCCCCCGACGCCCGCCGCUGCCCGCUCGGCCUCUACAGCAGCACAGGCUCCUUGGCCCGCAAGCCGGCGGCCGCCUUCGGCAGCGGGAGCUGCCCGGGGCACCUGACGGCCCCCUGCACCCCGCAGCGGGGCCGGCCCAGCCCCACACUCUGCUCCCAGGGCAGCCGCAGCCCCCCGGCCCCGGAGGGACACAGCUCCGUCGUCACCUUCCGCUUCAUCGAGAAGGGCAGCGUGCGGGCCCCGGGCGGGCUGCCGGCCCCCGCGCUCUGCCGGGACAACGGGCCCCGCAGCCUCAGCCGCAGCCUGGAGCUCGGCGGGGACGUGGCGCCUGCCCAGCGCCAGCCCCUGACACAGCCCCUGCCCCAGGAGCGGCUCCUGCGCGCGCUGAAGCCCGAGGCCUCCGCGUCUGACCCUCUGCUGGCCGGGGACGGGACGCUGGGGGGGACCCGUCCCUGCGGGAACGAGCUCUGCAUCCUCAACACCGACUGCCUCUGCCACUCCCUCGCCAACGGGCUGCCCAAGGACCUCCCCGCCUUCGCCAGGAGCCCCCUGAAGCCAGAGCCCCGAGCCCAGGGCAGCGCCUGGCCCUACCCCCGGCAGUGCUCGGCCCACGCCCAGCGCAUCGCCAGAGCCAAGUGGGAGUUCUUCUACGGCUCCGUGGAUGCCCCAAAGACAGGCUCCUCUGCCCCCGACUGUGCUCCCCUGGCCGAGACCCCGCUGCAGCCCCUGUGCCCACAGCCCGCCGAGCCGCCGGGGCCCGAGCACGGCCUCAGCCAUGUGGAGGUGGAGAUAGAGAUGUCUCCUCCAGGCAGCCAGAAGCACGGCUCCUGCGAGACUGGGAUUAUAAGGAGGACAGUGAAAUACUCCGAGACAGACCUGGACACCGUGCCGCUGAGGUGCUAUCGUGAGACCAACAUCGACGACAUCCUGGCCGAGAAGGAGGAGGUGGAUUCAGCAAUUGAGAGCCAGAAGGACAGCGAGAGCAACCCGAGCUUUGCGGGCACCCCGGGCAGGAGGAACAGCACGCCGGAGGAGGAGCCCGCCCGCGCUCCGGGGGCCGGCUGCGCGAAGGAUGCGCUGCGGGGCAGGGACGUGCACGAGGACGAUGAGGUGUUUGAGGCAAUGAGGAAGGAGAACAGGGAAAGGGUCAUGGACAGAGACACACAGGGUAUGCUCAAGUCUCCAGUGCCCUUCCUUCUGGGGCACAGCCUCUCCAAGGAUGGCAUGGACUCUUUCAGCAAGCAUUUUGAGAGCAUCAUGGAGUCCCAUCGAGCCAAAGGCACAUCUUACACCAGCCUGGACUCCAUUGACAUCCUCUCCUCCCCAGCCUGCACCCAAGGGACCUUCUUCACUUUCGACCUCCCAACCCUCACCCCAGAGAUCCAGGGACAGAUCCGAGACAGCGCCAAGCUGAUCGAGGAGAACUUUGCUCCUCUGGCUCACCUGGAGCCGGACUCUGGGACCAGUUCAGCCACAGAUGCUCCCUGGGCGGAGCGUGAGGAGGAGCGGGGCAGGCGGAGGAAGGGCGCUCGGCUCAGCCCUUGCCGCUCGGAGGACAGCUUUGGGACUCCCCUGGCCUUCCACACCAGCGACCGCCCCCUGGGCCAGCUGGCGUCGGACUCGGACUCGGAGAUGGGCAGCGUGGAGCAGCUGGCGCUGGGCAGCACUGACACCCUCUCCAACGGGCACAAGGCUGACCUGGAGGCUGCCAAACGCCUGGCCAAGAGGCUCUACAACCUGGAUGGCUUUAAAAAGGCAGAUGUGGCCCGCCACUUGGGGAAGAACAAUGAGUUCAGCAGGAUGGUGGCAGGAGAAUAUCUGAAGUUCUUCGUGUUCACAGGGAUGAGCCUGGACCAGGCUCUCAGGUCCUUUCUGAAGGAGCUGGCUCUGAUGGGAGAGACACAGGAGCGAGAGCGCGUGCUGGCUCAUUUCUCCCAGCGCUACUACGAGUGUAACCCCCACGCCGUCCCUUCCGAGGACGGAGCCCACACCCUCACCUGCGCCCUGAUGCUGCUAAACACAGAUCUGCAUGGACACAACAUCGGCAAGAGAAUGUCCUGCUCCGACUUCAUUGGCAACUUGGAGGGGCUCAACGGAGGCACUGACUUCCCCAAGGAGCUGCUCAAGGCUCUGUAUGGCUCCAUCAAGAACGAGAAGCUGCAGUGGGCCAUAGAUGAGGAGGAGCUGAGAAGGUCCCUCUCGGAGCUGGCAGACCCCAACCCAAAGUCCAUCAAGCGCAUCAGCAGCUGCAGUAACCCCUUCCUGGACUUCUCCCAGGACUCCAGCAUCGCCACCUACAAGCACGGACUGUUAGUGCGCAAGAUCCACGCUGAUCCCGACUGCAAGAAAACCCCCCGCGGGAAGCGCGGCUGGAAGCCCUUCCACGCCAUCCUGAAGGGGAUGAUCCUGUACCUGCAGAAGGAGGAGUACAAGCCCGGGAAGGCGCUGGCGGAGGAGGAGCUGAAGAACGCCAUCAGCAUCCACCACUCCCUGGCCACGUGCGCGUCGGACUACAGCAAGCGACCCAACGUCUUCUACCUCAGGACAGCUGACUGGAGGGUCUUCCUCUUUCAAGCACAGAACCCUGAACAGAUGCACUCGUGGAUCACGCGCAUCAACGUGGUGGCAGCCAUGUUCUCCGCGCCCCCCUUCCCCGCGGCCAUCGGCUCCCAGAAGAAGUUCAGCCGCCCGCUGCUGCCCAGCUCCUGCACGCGGCUGUCCCAGGAGGAGCAGGUGAAGAGCCAUGAGACCAAGUUCAAGACCAUGUCUGCGGAGCUGCUGGAGCAUCGCUCCUCGCUGCCAGAGAAGAAGGUGAAGGGCAAGGAGUACGAGGAGCUGAAGCAGAAGGAGGAGUACCUGGAGUUUGAGAAGUCGCGCUACGGCACGUACGCCAUGCUGCUGCGCGCCAAGCUCAAGGCGGGCGCCGACGACCUGGCGGCCUUCGAGUGCAGCCUCUGCGCCGGCGACGACGAGGGCCUGAAGAAAUCGCGCUCCAGCCCGUCGCUGGCGGCCGAGCCCCCGGGCGCUGCCCCCAAGGUGAAGCGCAACGCGUCGGAGCGGGGCGGCCGCCAGUCCCCCGCGGUGCCCCGCAAGGCCUAGGCCCCGCGCUCUGCCCCCCGGAGCCGCGCGGCCGCCAGCCCCCGGCGGGGGCAGCUCUUCCCGGUGGGGCCGGGCACGGGCCGGGCAGGGCGGGCCCCAGCCCAGCCCCCGCAGACUCUUUCCUGCUCCUGCGUGCCCUGGGCUUGGCUGUGGGGCCCCAGCCCCCCGCCCAGGGUGGGGGCGACAAGUGACACCCCCCGCGCUGGGCUCAGCUCUUCACCUUUGGAAAGGAAAACGAGAGACAAAGCUGCAGCAAGCGCCCGUGAGCGGCUGCUUUGGUGCAGCUCCUGCAGCUCCUGCAGCUCCUGCAGCUCCUGCAGCUCCUGCAGCUGGGGGUGCAGCCCCGAGCCGGGCAGCAGGGCAGGGGCCCAGCCCUGCCCCCCCAGCCACCCCUCCACCCUCUCUGCUUUCUUACAACUUUCGAAUGGGUUUUGUGAUACAGUUUUGCACUUUUUAGUACCAGAUCGAGCUGACCACCAGGGAGGGUUGUUUUGGGUUGGGGGGGGGGGCAGCUACUUUUGAUGCUUUUUGGGGACUGUUUAAAAAAACAAAACAAAGACCCCCCCCGACGCAGGCACGGCUCAGAGGCACGGCACUGGGAGGCAGGGGAGGAGGUUUUCACAGGGAUUUGGGGUGGGGGGUUGGACUUUACGCUGGUGGCUGUUUGGGGAGGCGGGGGCUGAUGCACUGGUGCUUCAUGGACAACCCUCUCUCCUCCCCAGCAGCCAGGAGCAGGUCCCUUGGCAGCGCCCAGGGGUGUGCAGCAUACCUGGGGCAGGGUGGGCAGCACUGAGAUGGGCUUCCCCACUGGCCUGGGGGGUAAUGAGGGGGUGCUGGUGUGGGCCAGAGACAGCUUUCCUUCCUGUGCUGGAGGUGCAGCGAGUGCCCAGGGUGUGUGUAGGGGGCUGGGGGCAGCGCAAGGGCUGGGGGGGCUGGCACACGUGCUGGGACCCAGCUGGGUGCUGCACGGACUUUGCGAAUGUGUCAAACUUUUUAUUCUGCUCUUUUGAGUCUAUUGCAAAAAAAACCCAAAACAAAACCAAAAAAAAAGGAAAAGGAAAACAAACCGCCUCCCAACCCUUCCCCCCUUGCCCCCGGCGGCUCGGGGGGGGGGGAAAAACCCCUUUGUACAGCUUCUUCUCUCAGUUACUGAAGUAAAC